CCGCAGAAGCCACCCAGGACAAAAAGGCUCCACACAGGGCCCUAGAGAAACAAUUGCCUGCCCAUGUUUCGAAACAAGCUUCUACCAUGGGUAAAUGCAGACUAAACGAGGCGGCAUGUGUUAUCGGAGGGUGAAGAUGGGGCACAGUGCCCCGGUCAGGAGGGUUUGGUGGCCGUCCCCUUCCCGGGGAUCUGGGGACCUCAUCCUGACGAACAGCUGUGCUGGCCCGGCAGCAGUGGGCUGGGUGGCUGCCCUCAGUGAGGGAGUGGGAAGAUGAGCAGAGGCACAGCCCAUCUCCUGACGGCUCUCUUCGUGGCGGCAACGGUGGCGGUGGGCUAUUCAUCACAGCGGUCUGCCACCGACCUGGAUGCCACCCCCAGGACAACAGUCACCUUUGAUGAGCUGUGGGGCGUCCGGCGCUUCAGCAUGCACACCCUCAACUACAGCACCCUGCUGCUGGAGGACAACCGGGGCAUCCUCUACGUGGGCGCCAGGGGAGCCAUCUUCGCCCUCAACUCCAGUGACGUGGCCGACGGCUCCCACCGCACGAUCCACUGGGAAGCCUCCCCAGAGAAGCAGAUGGACUGCCUGCAGAAGGGCAAAAACAACAAGACUGAGUGCUUCAACCACGUGAGGUUUCUGCAGAGGCUGAACAGCACCCACCUCUACGCCUGCGGGACCUACGCCUUCCACCCGCUCUGUGCCACCAUUGAUGCCAACAGGUUCACAUUACCAUCCCACUUUGAGGAAGGCAAAGAGAAGUGCCCAUAUGACCCCGCCCGUGGCUACACCGGCCUCAUCGUGGACGGUGGCUUGUACACGGCCACGCGCUAUGAGUUUCGGAGCCUCCCCGACAUCCGGAGGAACCUGCAUCAGCGGCUGCUGAAGACGGAGGAGUCCCCACUGCACUGGCUGAAUGAUGCCGAGUUUGUGGCCUCCGUGCUGGUCCGGGAGAGCAAGGACAGCCAUGUAGGUGAUGAUGACAAAAUCUACUACUUCUUCAUGGAGCGGGCAGCUGAGGAGACCACAUCCUUUGACAAGAGCCAGGUGGCCCGAGUGGCCCGGGUGGCCCGUGUCUGCAAGAGCGAUGUGGGGGGGAAGAAGAUCCUGCAGCGUAAGUGGACGUCCUUCAUGAAGGCGCGCCUGGUCUGCUACAUCCCCUACUACGAGGUGCUGCGCAGUGUCUGCAGCCUGGAUGGGGGCGGCUGGACCAGCACUGUCUUCUACGCCGCCUUCACCCUCUCAGUGCAGUGGAGGACCAUGGAGGCCUCAGCUGUGUGCCGCUACAACAUCACAGAGGUGCAGAGUGCCUUUGAGGGUUCCUACAUGGAAUACCAGGAUUCAGCUCGCAAGUGGUCCCUCUACAACGGUGCGGUGCCCGAGCCCCGGCCCGGCUCCUGCAUCACGGACGACUCCCGCAAGAAGGGCUACAACUCCUCCCAGGACCUGCCCAACAGUGUCCUGGACUUCAUCAAGCUGCACCCGCUCAUGUUCGAGGAGGUGAAUCCGGUUGACGAGAAGCCGCUGCUGGUGAAGAAAAGCGUGGCGUACAGCCGGCUGGCUGUGGACAGGGUGCUGGCCCUGGACGGCCGCUCCUAUGAUGUACUCUUCAUGGGGACGGGGGACGGCUGGAUCCACAAGGCUGUGGUGGUGGGCUCCAGCAUACACAUCGUGGAGGAGGUGCAGGUGUUCAGGGACCCACAGCCUGUGGAGAGCCUGGUGAUAUCCCAUGUCCAGAGGAGCCUGUAUGUGGGGGCAGCCAGCGGGAUCCUGCAGGUGCCCUUGGCCUCCUGCACCAGAUACACCUCCUGCUACGACUGCAUCCUCGCCCGGGACCCCUACUGUGCCUGGGACGGCAGGGCCUGCCGCGUCACUGCCACAGCAAACAGCACAGGGCUGGUGCAGGACAUUCAGAACGGCAACAAGGGAUGCCGGAGCAGCUCCGGGCGGGUGCGUGUCCCCGCAGGAUCCCUGCUGUGGAAGAACCGGACGGUGCUGCAGGGGGACGACGUGCUGCUGCCCUGCGACCAGCGCUCCAACCUGGCACGAGCUGUCUGGCUGCUGAAUGGCAGCGAGGUGCUGGGCACGGGGCAGGACCGGCUGCGCAUGGGGGUGGAUGGGCUGCUGGUGACGGACACGCUGCCCCAGCACAGCGGCGAGUACCGCUGCUAUGGGGAGGAGCGGGGUCUCCGGACGCUGCUGGCCGCCUACACCCUCACUGUGCUGCCCGAGCUGCCCCGCGGCCCCACAGCUGCCCCACGGCCCUACGCUGCCAGCCAGGUGUCUGGUGACAUGAAGGUGGCUUACAUCUCUGCCAUUGUCACCUUGGUGGUGCUGUGCGCAGUGCUCAGCGCCAUCCUCCUCUACAUGUCCUGCCUGGAGAAGCGCAAGGGCAAGUAUGUCCUGGGGGAGCCGCCGUCAAGUAGCGUGGAGCUGCAGACUGUCUCAGCCAACUGCCUGCGCAAGAGCCACCAGGAGGAGGAGGAGGAGGAGGAGGAGGAGGAAGAGCUUGCCUACCCCGAUGGCUGCCUGCGGAUCAUCCCCGGUGAGGCACCCACGGCUGCCACCUCCCCGGUCAAGGAGCUGCCAGCUGCUGUGCCCCCACCACCGCCGCCGCUGCCGGCCGAGCUCACCAAUGGCAUGGGGGCUCUACCCAACGUCCUCCGCAAGAUGAAUGGCAACAGCUACAUGCUGCUGCAGCAGCAGGAGGAGCCACUGGCAUCGCCGCUCUACACUGCGUCCUUCACCGAGGAGCUCAGCAAGAUCCUGGAGAAGCGGAAACACACACAGCUGGUGGAGAAGCUGGACGAGAGCUCUGUGUAGGGGCCAGGGUGGGGGGUCCUGCCAGUGGGACCCUCCUCCCCUCCGGCCCCUUCUCCCACCCCCUGGCAGCAGUGUUACAAGAUUGAGGCAAAACUACCUCCUGGACAAGCAGAGCUGGGCCAGGCCCGGGCUCGGCCAUUCCUUUGGCUUUUCACACACUUUUGAGACAUAUUGUACAGAAAAAAGGAAAAGAAUCUAUUUAAAUUUGGAAGCUCUAUUUAUGUACAAAAACCCACUGACGGCAGCCAUGAGCCGGAGGCAGGAGCUGGCACCUGGCUGAAGGUGGACACUGGGGGGAGGGAGAGUUUCUGUCCAUCCAGGUGUGAGAGAUGCUGUUGUGGAUGCACGGAGUCAGCCUGCCCUGCUGGGCAUCCCUCGGCGCAUGGGAGCUGGAUGGCUGCUAAGAGGGUUUCCUCUCUGGGAGAGGACGAUUCAGUGAGGGAUGGAGCUUGGGCAAGGAGCCCACGUCCCCGAAUGCCCCGGAGCAGCUGCUGGAGCGGCACAUGCCCUCUGCGAGGACGCCCCAAGGGUGCUGCAGGGGAAGAGCAGGAGGCAGCAGCAGGCAGGAGGAUGCACCAGCAGCAGGACCAGCAGCCACCACCAUGCCCUGCAGCAUGGCAAGGGACCAGUGCAGCACCUGCAUCCCCCCAAUGCCCACAGCAGCCCCCAGGCACUGCAUUUCUGCCCUCCUGUGUGGUGCUGUUGGAGAACUGGAGUUUGGGCACAGCCCCGUCCCUGUGAGACACGUGGGAGGGGGAAGGUCCUUGCACAGCAAGGAGGAACAACUGCAGGCCAGGGCCUGCCUCCCGCUGGGGCCUCCCACUCCUCAGAGCACUUUCCAGGGGCAGCCACUGUCCCUAAAUCCCCCCAACUACCUCUGCUCCUGCCGCCUCCUGGGGGGACAUGAGGGACUGGGGUGACAAAGAGACACCCCGGGGACAGGGAGGUGACACCAGAGAAGCCAGGGAGGGACAGAAUUGCUGGAAGGGUGUUCCAUGCUCCCCUCUGUGUUCCUCGCCAGCACCUCCAGGAUCAGGACACUGCCCAGAGCUCAGCCCUGCAGGGGGGUCAGGAGGGUAGGGGCAGCCCCAGGGGUCCAUAACGGUCCAAAGCCCAGGCCCUCCUGCCCCAGAACAGCGAGGCUUAGUGGGAAAAGGCAAGAGCCAGAUGCCUGGGCUGUCCCCUCCUGCAUCUACCCGUUUUUGCUGCAAGGCAGGGGAUGAGCCACCCCCAAGCACACCUUUCCCCCAAGAAGGGGCAUCACCGCCCCUGCCCAUGUCUGGCACCCCUUGUGCACAGCUCACAUGCCUCCUGGCAAUAAACACGGCUCUGUCUGGA